AUGGUCACAUCACUCAAAAGGUCGCCAUCACGGGCAAUUCUCUGCAUUCAUGGCGGUGGUGCUUCCCCCGACAUAUUCCGUUUUCAGCUCGCUGGCUUCCGCGCGGCUCUCAAAGAGGAUUUCGAGUUCGUGUUUGCUACCGGGCCCCACGUCGCGGUCCCCGGUCCAGACGUCCUCCCCUUCUUUGCCGGCAUGAAGUCAUUCUAUUCCUGGUUUCGCAAGGGCGCAACCGACACCGAAGGGGAAGUUGCCGUGUUCAACGAAGCCAUCAAGAUGGCAGUUGAGGACUGGCAGCUGGAGAACGAACACGUCAAGAUCGUCGGGGUCUUAGGCUUCUCGCAGGGCGGGCUGGCGAGUACGGUCUUGCUGUGGGAGCAGGAGAUGGAACUGCUGCCGUGGCUCCCACGAUUGGAGUUUGGAGUGUUGGUCUGCUGCGCUUAUAGUGAUGUCGCGACAGAUUACAUCCGCGGCAAGUCAGACGGCGGUGAGAUUGCCAAAAUUUCGGUGCCAACGUUGCAUCUACAUGGGAGUCAGGAUUGCAACCUCGGACAGGCAAGAGACACUCUUGCAACGCAUUAUUCUUCGAAUGCCUCUCACGUCAUCAAUUUCGAAGGGGGACAUCAUAUUCCUCAGAAAAGGGAGGAUAUUGUGAAGAUGACGAACCACAUUCGACACCUUGGUAAAACGGACAACAUGCACUAG